AUGGGGGUGCCCUCGCACGAGAGGUCCUGUUGGAUGCCACGUCGAUUCAAGCGCGCCCUGUUCGUGAUUGUUGAUGCACUGCGAUUCGAUUUCACCCUCUACACGCGACCAUCGCCAUCUGCCAAGGGAGCCAGCGUAGCAGCUGCCGCCGACAUCGAUGCAGACCUGCAAGACGACUACUACGUCAACAACCUGCCCGUGAUCAACGAUCUGCUACUCAACAACGCCAGCAACACCUUGCUCUUUCGAUUCGUGGCUGACGCGCCCACCACGACUCUGCAGCGGCUCAAGGCCCUCAACACGGGCGGCAUCCCCACCUUUCUCGAGGCCAAGAACAACUUUGACUCGUCCGAGCUCAGCGAAGACAACCUCAUCCUCCAGCUACGCGACAAUGGGCGAGGCGCGGUCUUCAUGGGCGACGACACCUGGGCCAAGCUCUUCCCGCCUCACAAGCGCUACUUCACCCGCAGCCACCCGUUCCCGUCGUUCAACGUCAAGGACCUGCACACGGUGGACGACGGCGUCAUGCGGCACCUGUUCCCCGAGAUGCGCAACGAGCCCGCAGCCGAGGGCGAAGAGGGCUGGGAGGUGAUCGUAGCGCACUUCCUCGGUGUGGAUCACGCCGGCCAUCGCUUCGGGCCUUCCCAUCCACAGAUGCGACAAAAGCUACGACAGAUGAACGGCAUUCUGCAACAGAUUGUGGAGGCCAUGGAAGAUGACACCAUCCUAUUCGUCAUGGGCGACCAUGGCAUGACCGCCGACGGUAAUCACGGCGGCCACACCGAAAGCGAAGUGACGGCGGCUCUGUUCGUCUACACCCCGUCGACGACCUUCAACCGGUGGGACCAGCUCCACCUCGGGGAGGACAUCAAGGACGUCUUCACCGGCAGCGAGCUCGGCGAGGAGCUCAAGGAUGCGCUCCUCCGGGAACGAGCCACCGGCGCACCCGCGGCCGCCAAGCAGCCGGCCAGGCCGGAGGGGGUGGUGCUGACCAAGGACCACUUCAGGCAGGUGUCCCAGAUCGACGUCGUGCCCACGAUCGCGCUGCUCCUCGGCCUGCCCAUCCCCUUCGGCAAUCUGGGCGGCGUCAUUCCCGAACUCUUCCUCGGGAUUGCGCCGCCGGCGUACUAUGGGUUCGAGCGCGACGACAUGGAGCAGCUGCGUCGACAGGGUGACAAGGCCGGCCACGGCGACGAAGACGACCCGGCGCUCGAUAGCGAGGAGGGCCUGUUCUUCGAGUACCUCGAGCGCAAGUGGGGCGCCAAGGCCCACCUCUACCACGACGAGGGCGGUGGCGAAGAUGGGCUGUCGCUGGCCAGCCUGCAGCAGUGGCUCGCCGGCUACGAGCGCCUCAACGCCGCGAUGGAGGUCAACUCGCUCCAGAUUGACGCCUACCUUUCGGCCUACGCCGACGUGUCGCCCUCGUUCCCCUCGCGCGAGGUCGACAGCCUGCGCCGCCACUUGACCCGCGCCAACGCCAUGCUGCGCGCCCUGUCAGGGCCAUCGUCAUCGUCGGCCGACUCUGGCGAUGAGGGCGCCGCGACCACGUCGGCAGAGGCGGCGACGGCGGCGGGUCGCAGGGCGGCGAUGGCCGAGCGGGUGAGGCAGCACCACCGGGUCUUCAAGCACUACCACCGCUUCCAGAAGCAGGUGGGCGAUAUCUGCCGACGGCUGUGGGCCACGUUCGACGUGGAGUCGAUGACCUGGGGGCUGGCCCUGCUCUUCGCCUCUAUCGGCGGCCUCGUCUGCGUCAUUCUCGCCUCGUCGCGCCCUGGGGGGCAGUCGGCGACGGCGACGGUCUCGUUCGAUUUCUCGUUCGCCCUCGCCGGCGGCGCGGUGGGCGCGGUCCUCGUCUUUUGCUUCGUCGCCGACGCAUUCCACAACAUUCCAGCGCUGGUGGGCGCGACCCUCAUCUGCUCCGUCAUCGGUUUCGCCUUCGUUCCACUCUUCUUUUCUUUCUUCUUCACCGCCUCCGCCUCCGCUUCUUCCUUCUCUAUGUCGUCGUCAUCGCGACCUUCGCUGCGCGCGCUCGUGAGUCGGCUGGCCGAGCGUCGACGGGCCGACGUGCUGUCCGCGGUGGCCGUGGCCCUAUUCGCGCUCCACGGCAUCGGCCUGUUCAGCAAUUCGUUCAUCGAGGCCGAGCACCAGGUCAUCUCCUUCCUGCUGACCUCGCUCCUCCUGUGCUAUCUCGCCGCCGCCUGGCGUCCGGGAGCGCAGUACGGCGACGUGGUGAAGCUGGUGGUGCUCCUGUGCGUCAUCCGCUUCAGCCCUUCGAUCGUCGGCCGCCACGAAUCCGUUGCCGGCGACACGGCGCCCGGCGGACUGCAGGACGAGGAGGACGCCUUCCCUCCGCCCAUCGUCGAACCGAUGGAGGCGUCGCAGGUGCGUGCGGUUUCGCCCGAAAGCGGAGACCUGGUCUGGCAGGGCGUCCAGUUCUUCUUCUCCGCCCAGUUCGCGUGGGACACCCUCGUGCCGCUCGCCAUCAUGCUCUUCACUUUCACCCUCGCCCUCCGCCGCUUCUUUUCCCUCUCUUCAUCUCCUUCUUCAUCUUCUUCUUCUUCAUCAUCCUCUUCGUCUCGGCCCUCGCUCCUGCCGGCCGGCGAGCUCUUCGCGCUCCACGCCGUCUCGCUCCUGUGCUCGGCCGUCUAUUGGACCUUCCAGCGCCUGGCCCUCCUCGACCACUUCGUCUACUUGUGGAAGAUACUCUUCCCCCGCCUCGUCUACGCCGCCUCUCUCGCCUCCCUCGUUCUCCUCCUCGCCCUCCUCUUCCACCGACGCCGGCGACGACGGCACCACCGCGGCGGCGAUAGUGACCACCCUCCGGGUCCGGUGGUGAUGGCGGGGGCGCCGGAGCUGCAGGGGACGUUCAUGGUGCUGGGCAUGGUCGUGUGCGUGCCGGUCAUGCUGGUCUUCGGCCCCGGCUCCUGCUGGACCUUCGUGUCGUUCCUCUGUGCGCCGCUCCUCUUCGUCGACGUCAGCGCGCGGAUGAAAGCGGCCGACGACGCCGAAGAAGAAGAAGAAGGCGACAUCAACGGUAACCAUAACUACGAUGACGACUCGGUCAAGGCCGGCAAGGCGGAUAGAGCUGGCGCCGUUCGACAGCGCGUCAAGACGUCGGCCGCUGUGAGCGACCAUCUGGUGGACAUCCCGCGACCUGAAGAGCGAAGAGGGAAGCAGCCAGGGCGCCGGCAGCAGCUGUCGUUGGGCGUGUCGGAGGUGAUCGUGUGGGUCUUCUUCGCCGUGCUCCUCUUCUACAAGUCGGGCCACCUGUGCGACUUCUCCUCCCUCCAGUUCGAAGCUCCCUUCAUCGGGUUCGAGGAGAUGAACAUGAUCGUGGGCGCCGUGUUGAUGGUGCUCAACACGUUCGGGUGCUACUUCCUCUUUGUCCUCUUCCUCCCGCUACUUCUCUUCUGGUCCAACGACGACGACGACAACAGACGCGUGGAGCGAAGGUUCGCGCGCGAGGAGGUCAGGGCGUGGACGCUACGCGCGGUGUGGAUGUUCAUGCUGGCCUUCGUGGUGAAGCUCUUCCUCACGACCCUCUUCGUCUUCCUCGUGCGACGCCACCUCAUGGUGUGGAAGGUCUUCGCGCCUAAGUACGUGUUCGACGCCUCGGCCACGGCCAUCGCCGAUCUGCUCCUCGUCCUCCUCUACCUCUUCGUCUACGUCUUCAUCUGA